GUAUAAACUUUCCAAUAAAAGAGACUGGAAAUGAAAGCAACCAACUCACUAUUGCUUCCCAAAUAUGAAGUGUCAGAAUGAAGAGAGAGAAGCAUCAUGUCCUGAUAAAUACAAGAAGUGGCCAACAAACACUUGAAGUUCCAUACGCCUAUGCUUCUGUAGUUCUUUACAUAUUUUUCAACGGCAAAGGACUAUUUCUUUUUCUUUUUCAAGAAACCAACAAGUAGCAAGCAAUCAGCUUGAAGCAGUAGCCAUGAGUAAUUCCAGAUGGGCUUUCUUGAUUUGCAUUGCUUUCUUAUUUUUCUGCAAACCCAUUUCCGCAGACUUGAAUCCCUCUGAAAUCCCCCCAAAAUUCCUCAACUUCGCCAAGAAAGCCGAGAUUUUUGAUUGGAUGGUGGGGAUUAGGAGAAAAAUACACGAAAAUCCUGAACUGGGUUAUCAAGAAUUCGAGACCAGUAAUCUAAUUAAGCAAGAACUUGAAAAGAUGGGGAUUUCGUAUAAGCACCCUGUUGCUGGAACUGGUUUGCUUGGAUUUAUUGGUUCAGGGCAGCCCCCUUUUGUUGCAAUUAGGGCAGACAUGGAUGCACUUGCUCUGCAGGAAAUGGUGGAAUCUGACUAUAAGAGUAAAAAUGAUGGGAAGAUGCAUGCUUGUGGGCAUGAUGGUCAUGUUACAAUGCUUCUUGGAGCUGCGAGGAUUCUUCAAGAGCAUCGCAAUUUAUUGAAGGGAACUGUUGUUCUUGUUUUCCAACCAGCUGAAGAAGGAGGCGGGGGAGCAAGGAAGAUGAUCGAAGCUGGAUCUCUUGAUGAUGUCCAGGCCAUAUUUGGUCUCCACAACGACCCUCUUCUACCUCUUGGUCAGGUGGCGUGCAGGCCUGGUCCACUUGCUGCUGGCAGUGGCAUAUUUGAAGCCGAGAUAAGUGGGAAAGGCGGCCAUGCAGCCAUUCCUCAGCAGGCAAUAGACCCCAUAUUAGCUGCUUCGAAUGUGGUAGUCAGCUUACAACAGCUUGUUUCCCGGGAAUCUGAUCCUCUCGACUCUCUGGUGCUUACAGUUGCUAAAUUUCGAGGAGGAGGCGCGUUCAAUGUCAUUCCGGACUCGGUUACCAUUGGUGGCACGUUUCGAGCCUUUUCAGUGAAGAGCUUACGGUAUCUGAAGCAGAGAAUCGAGGAGGUCAUUGUCGGGCAAGCUGCUGUGCAGAGAUGCAAUGCGACAGUCGCCUUCGACACGGAAGAGAUGCCCAUGUAUCCCCCCACCGUGAACGACAAGGAGCUCCACAAGCACUUCCAACGGGUUGCAGGCGACAUGCUUGGCACUGCUAAUGUCACUGAUUACAAUCCCGUGAUGGGAGCAGAGGAUUUCUCCUUUUACCAGGAGCUGAUACCCGGCUACUUCUUUAUACUAGGAACGAGAGACAAAGCAGCACAGGAGCAGCCGGCUCUGCUGCACUCGCCCUACUUCAGUUUCAACGAGGAUGCGCUUCCUGUUGGCGCCGCGCUGCAUGCAUCACUGGCUGUUAGAUACCUUCUCGAGAGCCGGGCAGGAAGCCCUACCGAUAACGGACACCGCCACGACGAGUUAUAAAGUAUGUCGAGUUUCUGCUUGUUUGAUACAAUGGGAAUGCAGGUAAACAUCUUUUCAAUAAUUCCGAGGAAGUUUGGAAGAUGCAAGAUAAGGCUUUGUUUGAGUCUCAUUAUGUAAAUUUAUGAUAUUGGCUCAGCUAACGAAAGUUUUUGAUUGGUUAAUGCAUAAGAUUUGUGGUUAGAUUUGUGAUA